AGCCAUACAGAUUGCCUGAUUCAAUAAAGAUUGGUACUGUUUCCGCUCCUCCCUCCUCAACAAUGUCCACUAAACAAACUGAAUGUCAGGAUAAUCCUUUUAAUCCAGCUCUGAAUACACAAGAGCAACUUGAGCCCAAUGAUGUAAUCCAAUCCCAACCGUUAAAACAAACACUCUUGUCUUGUGAUACUACUGAUAGUCAUGACAACUCCAGAUCUACUGAUAAUGACAAUCCUCUUUCUCAUACUUCCAACACUACACCCUCUCUUUCACCUUCUCUUCUCCUCCCUCCUCCUCCUAAAAAGAAAGUAAUUGGUCCUUCUUUGCCGAUUAGAAAGGAACCAACUGACAAGAAGGAAGAUGACAAUCAAUGGCAAGAAGAUGAUAACUAUGCAUCAUGGCUACCUCCUGAAGAUCAAACUGGAGAUGGAAGAACUAAACUUAAUGAAAAAUUUGGAUAUUAAAAA